CACAUAUCACAAAAGAUCAGAAGUCUUCCAGUUUUACUUAGCUUGGAGCUUGGGUUGGAGGAGAUUUGUUCUCAAAAAGGGUGUCAUGGAUAUCCCUCUGCCUCUUACUAAAUUGGCUAUGCAUUUGGUUAAUCUCGACGACAAGGACAAGGAAUAUGUAGUUCUAGUAGCAACUGGAAGUUUCAAUCCUCCUACUUACAUGCAUUUGCGAAUGAUGGAACUAGCAAGGGAUGCAUUGAAUUCUGAAGGCUUUUGUGUGAUUGGAGGUUAUAUUUCACCUGUUAAUGAUGCAUACAACAAGAAGGGACUUCUAUCUGCUGACCAUCGUAUACAGUUGUGUCAUUUAGCCUGCAAAAGUUCAGAGUUUGUAAUGGUUGACCCAUGGGAGGCAAGACAAAGUACCUUCCAACGAAGUUUAACAGUACUGUCUAGAGUUAAGGGUUUCUUGUCUGCAUCUGGGCUGAUACCUAGUGAAUCCCUGAAGUGCAUGCUUGUCUGUGGUUCUGAUCUACUCCACUCUUUUAGCAUUCCUGGAGUUUGGAUUCCAGACCAGAUCAGGGGCAUAUGUAGAGAUUAUGGUGUGGUUUGCAUUCGCAGGGAGGGACAAGAUAUUGACAAGAUAAUGUCAAAUGAUGAUAUUUUGAGGGAGAAUAGGGGUAACAUAAGAAUUGUGGAUGAGCUUGUACCAAACCAAAUAAGCUCAACAAGAAUAAGGGAUUGCAUCUCAAGAGGAUUGUCGAUAAAGUAUCUGACUGCAGAUGAAGUAAUUGAUUAUAUUAAAGAGCAUCAUCUCUAUUUGAACUCAGAAUGACAAAUGACGAUCAUGAUUUUCCAUUGAUCGAAGUCCCACAUGUAUAUCAGAUCAUUGUGUAGAAACCAAUUGUCGAUCGAUCAAUGGAAGUACAUAAUUUUGACAAUGUCCACUGUUUAAAGCAUUCUGAUUUUUUUACCAAACGGUUGGUAUCUUUAAUAUGUCGUUUCCCUUCAAUCUUGUUCCAGUGAU